AGAGAAUAUUCCUCCGUAGAUCCUCUCACCCUCUCCUAUAAAAGGGAGGGUUGCCCUAAUUGUUGAAGAGGCCAAUUUCACUCCUCUCCUGCUACUUUCUCUCUCUAGGUAUUUUUAGAGUAUAUUUUUCCUUCUUCAAAAGCUUCUAGCUCCACCAUUAAUGGCUUCCGAGCCGAACUCUUGUACUGUGUACACACCCCCGAUAUUAAUAAAAAUCCCCCGUUGGCAAGGUACCGCCAAAAAAGGCCCGUGGUUUUCUCCCGAUUUGGGUUUCCACGUCAAAAUCCUCGUGUUUAUAUUUUGGUGUAUUUUUAGACUAGUUUAUCGUUUUAGCCGGGCUAAAAACGGUAUACUGGUCGAUAAUUUACACCAUCAUUUUGGCGCCGACCGUGGGACCCGAACAAAAAGCUCCAUUUUUGUUCGGCCAUCUUGCACAACCUAAAGAGUCAUAGUUGCAAAAAAAGUAAAGGGAGACAGGCUUUGGAGUGUCAAAAAGAAAGAAGCUAGAAAGAGGGAGAAAUUGCUAAAUUAUUGCUUUUGGAACACUGAACAUGUGUUUUGGUUCUGGAGGUUUGCAAAAAAAAAAGAGGCUAAAGAAAGAAAAGCUUAGCAAUUGAAGCCACUGCGGUUGGAGCGGGCUAGAGUUGCUGCCCCCAUAAGAUCUCCCAGAAGUCGCCGCAACCUUCUCUCUCACAACUGGCGUAUAUCGCUGAAGCUGCCCUAGUCUCUCACCACCGCCGGAGCUAAGCGACCAUUACCUUUCCAAUUGGUUUUACAUUUGUCUGGGCCGAACUCUUUCCAGAUCUAGGACUGCAAAUCUACAAUAAUGAGGAGGAAAUUGGCCGAGAUUCCAUCUCUGUUCACGGCCGGCCAAGUUGAAAUCAAGGAAAUCCUUCUACGGCCACGGACGUCGCGACGUCGGAGUGGCUGCAACCCUUGCGGCUGCCUCUUCAACUGCUUCCUCAACUGCAUCUGCCAAAUCUAAGGCACCGCCGACCCGGAACGAUUCCGUGCCGUCAUCUCCGCUUACUACCGCGGCGCCUUCGACGCCCUCGUCAUCUAUGUCGUCCACUCUUUGUGCUGAGAUGUUCUCGCCGCUGCCCAAUUUCGCAGCCGUUGUUGCCGAGACUGGAUGGAAAAGUUGCCGGUCAUCUCCGGACUAACUCACCAUUGCUCCCACAUAUGGUUAGAGUUUCCAUACGGCUAAAAACUGCAAGGGAGCUAAUGAGUGACCACCAAAUUGCUGGAGUGGUUACCGCGGCUAAAGCUCUAGACUAAGCAACCUGUGACCAUCAUUGAAAUUGAAAUCUACCACUGCCCCUAUAAAACCAGCCGCCAUGUGCCGAGGAGUGAUCAUCUCAAUUACGUCGCUGAAGCCCUCCAUCACAAGCAACCGAAUUCCGUCGCAAAGUGGCGGCGGCCAAAUUCUAAUUAAAGUGAUGGUAAUGAAUUACAACAUUGAUGCCACUAUGGGGAUGUGCCACCAUCACAUCUACACUUUCACUGCCAACACAUGCGGAGCCAAAGAGGUACAUGCCAAUGAAGAAUUGAAGAUUUGACAGAGUAAAGAUAGGCACCACGUGAAGAAUACAAUGAGCAAAGUGGUGGAUGGUGGGGUCCAUUCCCACUACAUUUUGAAAUACUCCAAUUGAAAAAAUCAAGGAAAUGUGUCCAUGUGAUGAGGCUCACGAGUCAUGGGCAGCAAGAAUUGGAAGCGGGACCAUUUAUGAUUCUUCCAAGCAUUAUAUAUACCUCUACAAUAUACAAAAACAAGUCACUCCAUGGCGAAAGGAAGAAUCCAAGAAGACUCACUUAUUCUCACGGCCCAUCAAUUAAUCAUUUUGGUGGGAGAGGUGCAUUGAAUAUUGCCGAGGAGGAAAUAAGUUCCCCACUUAUUCCUCAUUCGGGUCUACCACCAACAAUUGGUGGAAUGAGUUAGCAUUAUGGAGCAAUAAUUUGGGUAUUUGUACAUACCAUUUGGAAGAAUUCGGAGGGAAGACUGAGACACAAGCCGAGCUUGGUACGCUGGUUACAACACCGGUCUUGCUCAGUAUUAAAAAAAAAGAGGAAGACUGAGACACAGGCCCGGCCUGGCACGCUGGUUACUACACCGGUCUUGCUCAGUAUAAUAAAAAAUAUUAAAAUAUGUGACACAGGCUCGGCCUGGCACGCUGGUAAAUAUCAUUCUUGUGCGCGAGACAGGCCAAGAAUGAUAUACACACCGGUCUUGCACAUAUUUUCUCGUAAGUCUGACCCCAAUCGAAUUGGGUACACCGGUGGCUCAGCUGAGCCCUUAUCGGGGGCGCCCGAUUCUUCAAGCCUUUUGAACAAAGCACUCCGGAAGUGGUCUCUGCAUGACAUGAAGAUAUUUGCAUCAGUUAGCCGGGCUAGCAUCGAUCUUCGACAAAGUUGCUGCAACAUACUUAAUUCGUAUUAAGUAACAUCGAUUACUUCGAUAUACUAAUUUCGCUAUGUAUCGUUUACUUAAUCCGUACUGACAUCGGUCUCGACGAAAUAACUACUUGAAGCACCGCCGCUUCAUCGUACUAACUCCGGUGUCGUAUAACUACUCGAAGCAUCGUUGCUUUAUCGAACUGACAUCGCUCUUGUUACGAUAAUUAUUCUCGCGAAUUUUAACCACCCUAACACCGAGCUCCUCGGUAAAAAUAAUAAUUUUUUGAGCACGGCAUAGGCCGGUCGGUCAAAAAAGAAAUGUUGUACAAAUUAUUUUUUGCAGGAAAAAACUUAUGAUGCAAGGAAUUAGAGAAUUAAUGAAGACUCGGAGGACUAGCAAUAAUAUCUACCGGUCAAGAAUUCAAGGUACGAAGACUGAAGAUCACACUCGGAGGACUUGUUUACUUUUUUUAGUUGAUGAUUCUCACAACUCAAAAAAGUGGAAGACUUCUUGAUGGGAAAUAAUACGUGGCUCGGCCCACAUUUCCCAAUUAUUUACGAAGAACAGUUAAACCGGGCCUGUUUAAUAAAAUAGAGGAAUAAGAGAAUAUUCCUCCGUAGAUCCUCUCACCCUCUCCUAUAAAAGGGAGGGUUGCCCUAAUUGUUGAAGAGGCCAAUUUCACUCCUCUCCUGCUACUUUCUCUCUCUAGGUAUUUUUAGAGUAUAUUUUUCCUUCUUCAAGAGCUUCUAGCUCCACCAUUAAUGGCUUCCGAGCCGAACUCUUGUACUGUGUACACACCCCCGAUAUUAAUAAAAAUCCCCCGUUGGCAAGGUACCGCCAAAAAAGGCCCGUGGUUUUCUCCCGAUUUGGGUUUCCACGUCAAAAUCCUCGUGUUUAUAUUUUGGUGUAUUUUUAGACUAGUUUAUCGUUUUAGCCGGGCUAAAAACGGUAUACUGGUCGAUAAUUUACACCAUCAAACUUGAUACUCAAUUACAAUAAUUAAAUACUCCCUUCGUUA